UGGACAAAAUAUAUGGAAGCCAAAUAAUGUACGUACUUUCUUAUUAAUCAAUAUUAAGUAUAAUUAUAAAUCUUCCUUAUUAAUAUAUAAUACAUCUGACUCUAGCUAACUCUACAUAUAUUUGAGAGAGGUCGAAUUUGUAGGCCAAAUAUUUAUCAAAUUCUCUCUCUCUAUAUAUUUAUUAUUAUACGUGCCAAAUUAAGUUUUUCUAGAUAUACAUAUAUAUAACUGUACAUGCAGUAUAUAUUAUAAUUUUUAAAGCAUACAUACUAAAUUAUAUUAUGAAGACAAAUAAUAAUAGUUUCAUGAUUGUUUCUUUCUUCUUAUUACCAGUAAUCCAACUCUUCAUUAUGGCAUCUCCGACUGACGCAGGCGGCGGUGGACGGUGGCAACUCUUGCAGCCAAGCAUAGGCAUUUCAGCCAUGCACAUGCAGCUGCUCAACAACGACCGCGUCGUCAUUUUUGACCGCACUGAUUUUGGCAAGUCAAACUUGUCGUUGCCCGCCGGGAACUGCCGUAGAGACCCGUCGGAGAUGGCUCUCAAAGUCGACUGCACCGCUCAUUCGGCCGAGUACAACGUCAUCACCAAUACCUUCAGGCCUCUCUCUGUACAGACCGACGUGUGGUGCUCCUCUGGUUCUUUAAUGCCAGACGGAACCCUACUCCAAACCGGCGGUUUCAACGACGGAGAACGGAGGGUGAGGAAUUUCAAGCCGUGUAGUGGAACAGGAGCAAGUUGUGAUUGGAAGGAAGUGAACAUGGCACUGGCGGCGCGUAGAUGGUACGCAACCAAUCAUAUAUUGCCAGAUGGAAGGCAGAUAAUCAUUGGUGGUCGUAGACAGUUCAAUUACGAGUUUUAUCCUAAAAGCAGUGACAAAAAUGUGCACAGUUUACCAUUCUUAGUUCAGACAAACGACAAGGGAAUAGAGAAUAAUCUUUACCCUUUCGUUUUUCUUAACGUUGAUGGAAACUUAUUCAUUUUCGCUAACAACCGAGCUAUACUUUUGGACUACGCGAGAAACCAGGUUGUGAGAACUUAUCCUCAAAUACCAGGUGGGGACCCGAGGUCAUAUCCCAGCACUGGCUCAGCCGUUCUCUUACCAUUGAAGAAUAUUAUUAACAGCAAUAAUGUGGAAGCUGAGGUUUUGGUAUGUGGUGGAGCCCCCAAAGGUUCUCGUGCUCAAGCGGAAAAGGGGAUAUUCUUACCAGCUUUGAACACUUGUGCCCGACUCAAAAUAACCGACCCGAAACCCAACUGGGUCGUGGAAACCAUGCCUUCAGCUAGAGUCAUGGGAGACAUGGUUAUCCUUCCAAACGGCAACGUUUUGAUUGUUAACGGAGCCGGGUCGGGGACCGCGGCUUGGGAAUUGGGUCGAAACCCGGUACUGAACCCGGUUAUUUACAGACCCGGAAAUAAAAUUGGCUCAAGGUUUGAACUUCAAAAUCCGACAAAGAUUCCCCGGAUGUAUCACUCUACGGCGGUGCUCCUCCGUGAUGGUAGAGUUCUGGUCGGCGGCAGCAAUCCCCAUAUAGGCUAUAGAUUCAGUGGUGUUCUUUUUCCGACGGAAUUGAGCUUAGAGGCUUUCAGUCCGUCGUAUUUGGAGAAUCCGAAUCUUCGGCCGACCAUUGUUUCGCCCGGUUCACAAACCCAACUCAGGCAUUCACAGAAAUUCACAGUUGGGUUUAGAUUUUCUGGUAAUUUAAAUCCGAAUUCCUUGUCAACGACAAUAGUUUCGCCCUCAUUUACGACUCACUCAUUCUCCAUGAAUCAAAGACUGUUGGAACUACCAAAGACAGGGGCAGUGAGGAGUUUAGGAAAAUCAACGUACCAAGUAGAGAUUACAACUCCUUCUUCCGGUAAUCUUGCUCCUUCAGGGUAUUAUCUAUUGUUUGUUGUUCACCAAGAGAUUCCUAGCCAGGGUAUUUGGGUCCACAUCAGCUAAUUGAGUAGGACUAUACAUAAGAAAUUGAUGUUUUCGUAAGAAAGCCACGUAUAUAUAUAAAUAAAUUUAUUGUAUUUCUUAUAUAAACAUAUAUGUAUUAUUAUCUCUAUCUACGUGUGUAUUUUAUAUUGUGUAAAAAUUCACAAUUGUUUAUGACAUAUAUAAAUUUUUAAUUAAUG